AGGUGUAGCUCCUGCAGCACCUCCAGCAGUGAGUGCUGAAAGCAGUGAAGGUUUCAGGUGGGACACGAGAAUCAGCUGCCAAGAGCAGGACCCCCUCCCUUCCCACAAAGCCAGGACAUCCCCAGCGGUCCCUCCUCCCUGCGGAGUGUGCUCCGCGCUCCCUCACAGUGCCUCCUGCUGCCACCGGCAUCCAAACUACAAACCGCAGCUCCAUUUCUGGGAGCUGAAGUUGGUGCUUUUCGGGUCUGCGCAGCCUGGGAGGGGACGGAAGGUUACUCUGCCAGCGGGCUCGGGAUCCUGCCCUACCCGGAGAGCUGCUGCCCGCCCGAAGAGCGGUGUAGGGCGCAGAGGAGAGGGAUGCUGAGCGGCGCGCAGGCAGAGAUGCUGUGCCGCGGGAGGAAGGAGGCGGCGAGCAGAUAAAAAGAUGAAAGCCUCGGUCAUGCUUUGCAGCAAAUUUCAUGUAACACGCGAGGGGAACUGAAGCAGAAACCAAAGCCAAGGCAAAGCAGCAUCUGACCUUGUCACUGGGGGGCAGAAAACAGCCGCUGGUUCCACUGGUGCUUCAAUCAAGCUCCCUGAGCAAUGUGGAAUUGCAGAGAGCUCACAAAGUGCAAGUUGCUUCCAGGUCCGUGGGGUGAAUAAAAAUUGUUAACUCUUGGCUUGAUUUGUCAUCCUUUGGGGGAAAAAAAAAGGUAUGUCAGACUGGCCAUUAUACAGUUAGACCAAGCAGAACUGGAAGUGGGUUGCUCUGGAGAUGAGAGUGACUGAGGCCAGCAAAGCCAAGGAGAAGCCUGUUCAACUCCACAUCUACCCGGGAUUCCUUGGAGAGGUGAUAAAGUGAGUAAUAAGGCGAAGUGGGAGUUAUAAAGUGGAUGCGACAGCUCCAGCAGAACUUCUUCUCACUGCCACAUACGCUCGUUACAAAGCAGCUAAUGUUAUUUGGAAAUCUGUUUGAGGAAAAAAUGCACUUUGAGCAUCUCUGCGGUUGUUGUGUCUGAAGCAUCGAUCAAGAAAAUCGGCAGCACAGCGCCAACAAAGUGGAAGAUAAUAUGGUAAAGGCAGCUAAGGAAAUUCAAAUGGAGAACCCAAGAGAGGCAGAGAGUCCCAGCACAGGGGCCACAUGCUCCCCGCCAGAGGAACAAGCGAAAAAACCCUCCAUGCUCUGCUUUAAGAAGCGGAAGAAGUCCUGUAAGAAGGAGCUGACUGUGAAGGAUGCGUGCGAAGGAGCCUCCGAGGAGAAAAGCCAAUGUGUCAGCGCUGACCAAGAGGAGGCAAAAGCUUCCAAUCCAUCACAGUCCUCCAAAGGAACCUGGGCAGCCAUCAAAAACCUUGCCAGACCUCGGAAAAGGCAGAAGUCCUGCUCACGGAAGAAGGUGCCCUCUGAUUCCCAAGUGCAGCUGGAGGUGGAUGCUGAGGAGAGCUGUGCACAAGAGCUCCCGAAGAAACGGGCGAGCUCAGGGGUGAAGAUGCCCUGUGUGAGGUUCUCCAGAGGCAAGAAAAAACCCAGCCCCUCCGAAGCAGUGGAGGAGUCAGAGGGCAGUGUUCAAGCAAAUGAGGUGAUGGGUGUUGUGAAUAAGGCUAGUGAAGAGCCAGAGGAUUUGGCCCCGACAGACAAAUCUGAAUCCUUCAGCCCGGUCUCUGCACAGGAGGAGCAGGACACCAUGAAGGAGGAGCAGCAUGGAAUGAAAGAGGACCAGGAUACAAUGAAAGAGGAUCAGGAUAAAGGGAAGGAGGACCAGGAUACAGUGAAAGAGGACCACGAUACAGCAAAGGAAAGUGACACCUCUGUUAGGAAGAGUGAGCCCCUGACAGAGCCCACACAUGAUGCAGAGGAACACUCAGAGUGCACUGUUCAGUUGGAGAUAACUGAUUCAGAGACAGGAGAUGAAACAGCUCAGGACAAACUGCAGGAAGGGAGCCUGUCCCAAGCCACUGAUGAUGUGGAGGGCAGGGAAGUGGCUCCUGAAGCACCUGUUUCUAAAGAUCAACCUGACAGUGCCCCUGAAAUCACAGACUGGCAGGAAAUCCCUAAUAUCUGUAAAGAGAUGCCUGAAAGGGAUGAAGUAGAAAAGAGCAUAAAUGUUCCCAAAGAGUGCAAAGCUGAGGACACUGUAACUGAUUUCAGUGAGUUGGCAUCUGGACGUGAUGCAGCAAGUGUGCAGGAGGCAGCAAGUGUGCAGGAUGCCAUGAUUGUGCAGGAUGCCAUGAGUGUGCAGGAGGCAGCAAGUGUGCAGGAUGCCAUGAUUGUGCAGGAUGCCAUGAGUGUGCAGGAGGCAGCAAGUGUGCAGGAUGCCAUGAUUGUGCAGGAUGCCAUGAGUGUGCAGGAGGCAGCAAGUGUGCAGGAUGCCAUGAUUGUGCAGGAUGCCAUGAGUGUGCAGGAGGCAGCAAGUGUGCAGGAUGCCAUGAUUGUGCAGGAUGCCAUGAGUGUGCAGGAGGCAGCAAGUGUGCAGGAUGCCUUGAGUGUGCAGAAUGCCAUGAGUGUGCAGGAUGUAGCGAGUGUGCAGGAUGCAGUGAGUGUGCAGGAUGUAGCGAGUGUGCAGAAUGCCAUGAGUGUGCAGGAUGCCAUGAAUGUGCAGAAUGCAGCAAGUGUGAAGGAUGCAGUGAGUGUGCAGGAUGCAGUGAGUGUGCAAGAGGCAGCAAGUGUGAAGGAUGCAGUGAGUGUGCAGGAUGCAGUGAGUGUGCAAGAGGCAGCAAGUGUGAAGGAUGCAGUGAGUGUGCAGGAUGCAGUGAGUGUGCAAGAGGCAGCAAGUGUGAAGGAUGCAGUGAGUGUGCAGGAUGCAGUGAGUGUGCAAGAGGCAGCAAGUGUGAAGGAUGCAGUGAGUGUGCAGGAUGCAGUGAGUGUGCAAGAGGCAGCAAGUGUGAAGGAUGCAGUGAGUGUGCAGGAUGCAGUGAGUGUGCAAGAGGCAGCAAGUGUGAAGGAUGCAGUGAGUGUGCAGGAUGCAGUGAGUGUGCAGGAUGUAGCAAGUGUGCAGAAUGCCAUGAGUGUGCAGGAUGCCAUGAAUGUGCAGAAUGCAGCAAGUGUGAAGGAUGCAGUGAGUGUGAAGGAUGCAGUGAGUGUGCAGGAUGCAGUGAGUGUGCAGAAUGUACAGAGCACGCAGGAGGCAGUGAGUGUACAGGAUGCCAUAAGUGUGCAGGAUGCAGCAAGUGUGAAGGAUGCAGAAAGCAUGCAGGAUAGAGUGAGUGCACAGGAGGCUGCAAGUGUGCAGGAUGCCAUGAGUGUGAUGGAUGCAGCAAGUGAACAGGAGGCAGUGAGUGUGCAAGAGGCAGUGAAUGUGCAGGAUGCAGCAAGUGUGAAGGAUGCAGCAAGUGUGAAGGAUACAGCAGGCAUGCAAGGUGCCACAAGUGUGCAGGAUGCAGUGAGUGCACAGGAUGUAGCAAGCCUGAAGGAUGCAGCAAGUGUGCAGGAGGCACCAAGUGUGAAGGAUGCAGCGAGUGUGAAGGAUACAGCAGGCAUGCAAGAUGCCACAAGUGUGCAGGAUGCAGUGGGUGCACAGGAUGUAGCAAGCCUGAAGGAUGCAGCAAGUGUGCAGGAGGCACCAAGUGUGAAGGAUGCAGCGAGUGUGAAGGAUGCAGCGAGUAUGAAGGAUACAGCAAGUGAACAGGAUACAGCAAGUGAACAGGAUGCAGCAAGUGCGCAGGAUUCAGUGAGUGUGAAGGAUGCAGCGAGUGUGAAGGAGGCACCAAGUGAACAGGAUACAGCAAGUGAACAGGAUACAGCAAGUGUGAAGGAUGCAGCAAGUGAGCAGGAGGCAGCAAGUGUGCAGGAAUGCUCCAGCCAUCAGGUAUUAGAAGCAAGUGCAGGCACUGGUGUCAGCAUCGUCAUCACCAUCACCGAAGCUGAGGACUCUGACAACACCGACUCUGACCAGGCCUAUGAGCCCUCCCCAGUUUUGCACCAAAAAAAGCAAAAAGGGAAUAAAAAAUCAAACAGGAGUGCUGAUGUUGGUCAGAAAGACGGCUCUGAGGCUGGUGGUGGUCCCCAGGCAGAGGAGAAAGGUCUGGGUGACCAGGGGCACAGAACUGGGGAGCAGUACGAGUUGCUCCUUGUAGAAACCGCCUCUUCCCUCGUGAAGGCGGCCAUUCAGUCAUCCAUAGAGCAGCUGGUCAACGAAAUGGCCCUGGAACAGAAUAAACACAACAGCUUUCUGUGAUGGCAGCCUUGCCCCAGAGAGAAAGAGCAGAGGGAGUGAUUUCAAGCUCCAUUUGGCCUGCGGGGUGUGUGGAGAAGUCGGAGAGUUCCCGAGGCCGAGGUGGAGUUAAUUCUGCAUGUUCAGUUCAGUUCAGUUGUGUGUCUAUGUGAAACAGAUCGUGGGACGUGGGCAGGCCCUGCUGAGUGCAGCGUGUCCCCUGCGGCUUCAGACAGCGCCACUGACCGCAGCUGCGGAAAAAUUAAGGUGUUACAGUGACUAUUUUCACUUAUUGGCACAUUUAUGUCAAGGCCACAUUUCUGCCAUCACCCAUGCUCCAUUUCCCUGCUGUUCAUGCUGUAGAUCUGUGCAUUCCUUGUGUUUGAAGAAAGGCCCUGAGAGGCAGUGAGGGCCCAACCUGCUGCUGGGCUGGAUUCGGGGCACGCUGAAAUGGCUGGAGGCUUGCUGGGGCUUUAUUGCAGAUGAGAAAGGGGGAAGUGUCUGCAAUGUUAACAUGGAAACAUCAGUGCCAGGCUGUGUUUUGUGCUGUGAACAGGCCCUCGCUGGGCACAGGCGCCAGGAGCCGCGGUCACUGUGCUGCACGAAGCCGGCGGGUUCCAGGAGCUCCUCCUUCAUCGCCUCUCCCUGUCAGGACACCCGAGCAGCCUGAGCACCUCCAGGCACUCAGAGCUCAGCAUCAGCCUCGCCUUGCUGACCCUGGGCUGCGCCAAUGCCGAGAAAGCCACAGCGCCUCGUUUGCUGGGGGAGCCUCUCACACCAUUGAACUCGACGGGCACGACUCCCUGCAUCAGGCUCAGUUCCCUGCAUCGGGCUCAAUUCCCUGCACUGGGCACAAUUCCCUGCAUCAGGCAUAAUUCCUGCAUCAGGCUCAGUUCCCUGCAUCAGGCACAAUUCCUGCAUCUGGGCACAAUUCC